ACCUGUGGCCGUGACAUCACGGGGAGGAAGUAAGGCAGGAGGGGGGAAGGGCGGUUGGUGAGAGAGUGCAGAGCUUCCUUCUUACUCUGUGUAGAAAGAAAAGAAUAAAGGGGAGCGCUGAAAAGCAGGAGAACUUCUUCAAAGUGGAGGAAAACAGCUGACAGAGGUUGUAGAGUGGCUGAAUGACUGGAGGAGGUGUGAGAGACCUGGAAGAGGAGAAUUAGAUAAACAAGUUUGUGAAUGCAGCUGUUUGAUGCACGGCAUGUUGGAUUCAGGACAAGCGCAGAAUGAGUUUAAAAAAUGACCCUGAACUUGAGAAGGCGUCUUACAACCUGUACAUUUAUCCUCAGCUCUCUCGAGAGGACUCAAACUGUUGCACUGUUCUGGCCACAAAAGAUUCAUUGGCCUCAGAUGUAAUCAAGAAUGCAGUUGUUGCUCUGGGACUUGAGACUUCCAAAACCUAUGUUCUGGCCGAGGUGAAGGAGUCUGGAGGAGAGGAGUGGGUACUAGAUCCCAAUGACUCCCCUGUCCAAAGAGUUCUUCUCUGGCCACGUAAGGCUUUGGACAGACACCCACAGGCAGAAGGGUACUAUUUUCUUUUACAAGAGAAGAACAAGGAUGGGACCAUUAAGUAUGUCCAUCUGUCCCUUGUUUCAGAAGAGGAAAAAGCCAGGAUGCUUGUGGAGCGGGGCUUUCUCCCUCGCUCUCAAGAGGAUUAUAAUGACUUGUGUAACUUGCCCAAACUAACAGAGUCUGCCAUCUUGGGAAACCUUAAAACCCGUUUCCUAAAGCACAAGAUCUAUACAUAUGCAGGAAGUAUACUUAUAGCCAUCAACCCAUUCAAAUUUUUACCCAUUUAUAAUCCAAAAUAUGUCAAAAUGUAUGACAAUCACCAGUUGGGCAAGCUGGAGCCUCACAUUUUUGCCAUUGCGGAUGUGUCCUACCAUACUAUGUUGAAGAAGAAAGUCAACCAGUGCAUAGUCAUUUCUGGUGAAAGUGGCUCUGGAAAGACACAAAGUACCAAUUUUCUAAUACACUGUUUGACAGCACUGAGUCAGAAAGGAUAUGCUAGUGGUGUUGAGAGGACCAUACUGGGAGCUGGACCUGUUCUUGAGGCUUUUGGAAAUGCCAAAACGGCACACAAUAACAACUCCAGCCGCUUUGGAAAGUUCAUUCAGGUCAAUUACUUGGAGAGUGGCAUUGUGCGUGGAGCUGUGGUGGAAAAAUACCUCCUUGAGAAAUCCCGACUUGUGUCUCAAGAAAAGAAUGAAAGGAAUUAUCAUGUUUUCUACUAUUUGCUUCUGGGGGCUUCAGAAGAGGAAAGGCAAGCCUUCCAGCUCAAUAAGCCUGAAGACUACUUCUACCUCAACCAGCAUAACUUUAAGGUGGAGGAUGGAGAAGAUCUUCGACAUGAUUUUGAAAGGUUGAAGCAAGCAAUGGAAAUGGUUGGAUUCCUCCCAGCUACUAGAAAACAGAUAUUUUCAGUUUUGUCUGCUAUUCUGUAUUUGGGAAAUGUGACUUACAAGAAGAAGGCGACUGGGAGAGAUGAGGGUCUUGAUGUGGGCCCUCCUGAGGUCCUUGAUUGUUUGUCACAGUUGCUUCAGGUUAAGAGAGAAAUGCUUGUUGAAGCACUAACCAAGAGAAAAACUGUUACUGUAAAUGAGAAACUAAUCUUACCUUAUAGCCUCAAUGAGGCUGUCACUGCCCGUGAUUCAAUGGCAAAAUCUCUGUACAGUGCCUUGUUUGAUUGGAUAGUCCUCCGAAUAAACCAUGCUUUGCUCAACAAAAAGGACGUGGAAGAGUCUGUCAGUUGCCUAUCAAUUGGAGUGCUUGAUAUUUUUGGGUUUGAAGAUUUUGAAAACAACAGCUUUGAACAGUUCUGCAUUAAUUAUGCCAAUGAACAGCUACAGUAUUACUUCAAUCAGCAUAUCUUCAAGUUAGAGCAGGAGGAAUACCAAGGUGAAGGCAUUAGCUGGCACAAUAUUGAUUAUACAGACAAUGUUGGUUGCAUACAGUUGAUCAGCAAGAAGCCAACGGGUCUCUUCUACCUGCUGGACGAGGAAAGCAAUUUCCCCCAUGCCACCUACCGCACAUUGCUUGCCAAGUUCAAGCAGCAGCAUGAGGAUAAUAAGUAUUUUGUGGGAACACCUGUCAUGGAGCCUGCAUUCAUCAUUCGUCACUUUGCAGGCAAAGUCAAGUACCAGAUCAAGGAUUUCCGUGAGAAAAAUACAGAUUACAUGAGGCCUGACAUUGUUGCCCUCCUUCGAAGCAGCGACAGUGCCUACAUCCGUGAACUAAUUGGAAUGGACCCAGUGUCUGUCUUCCGAUGGGCUGUAUUGCGAGCUGCAAUUAGAUCCAUGGCUGUACUCAAUGAGGCAGGCAGACAGCAUGCAGAGAAGACAGCAGGUGUGGUACGGAAAGGACCUAGAUUACCUUUAGGAGAGUUGCAGAAGUCAAACACUGCUGUGGAUAAACUAUAUCGAGAGCGACAUUCCCAGGUGAUGAACAGUAUAAAGGGACUCUCCUGGCAGGGCGAUGACCCAGCCAAUGUGCUGCGCACCCUUUCUCUACGCAGGCACUCGCGGCUCCACUUACAGAAAUCUAAAAGUGGCCGCCAAAAGCAGCUGAUUCCAAAGAACCUGCUUGAUUCACAAUCUCUGAAAUUAAUAAUGAACAUGACUCUUCAUGAUCGAACUACAAAGUCUCUCCUUCACUUGCACAAGAAAAAGAAACCACCCAGUAUAAGUGCACAAUUUCAGGCAUCAUUGAACAAGCUUUUAGAAACUCUAGGUAAAGCUGAACCUUUCUUCAUUAGAUGCAUCCGCUCGAAUUCUGAAAAGAUGGAAAUGACCUUUGAUGAAGCUCUGGUACUUCAGCAGCUUCGAUACACAGGAAUGCUGGAGACUGUGCGUAUUCGGAGAUCUGGAUAUAGUGCCAAAUACCCCUAUCAGGAAUUCAAAGACCAAUUUCAGGUACUGCUACCCAAGUCCUCUCCAGAUCUGAAAGCAGACAUCACAUCCCUGCUAAAUAGACUGUACUUUGACCCACAUAACUACCAGCUGGGGAAAACAAAGGUGUUUAUGAAGGAGCCAGAGAGGCAAAAGCUGCAGGACACCCUUCACCAGGCUGUUAUUAAGAAGAUCACCCUGCUGCAGAGUCUAUUUCUCAUGGUUGUUGACAGGAGGAACUUCCUGAGGAUGAAAUCUGCAGCAGCCACUAUACAGGCUUUCUGGAGGUCUUAUCGUGUGCGAUGUGGGUUGGAGGCUAGGAAAAAUGCAGCGGUGUGCAUCCAGGCUGCCUGGAAAAGUUAUGUACAGAGAAAGAUCUAUGUUAAGCAGAUUCAGUUGAUUCAGACAUUGCAGGCAAAUUGCAGAGGAUUCCUACAAAGACAAAGGGUCAAGGUCAUGUUAGAGGAAAAACGGAAAGCAGAAGAAGAGAAGCGAAAGCAGGAAGCUGCUGAAAAGGAGAGGCAAGCCCUGUUAAAGGCUCAAAGGGAAGAACAAAGGAAAAUGGAGGAGGAUAAGGAAGCCAAAAGACAGGCUGAGUUGAAACAAAGUGUAAUAGAGCCAGUGACACCCAGUGCCCCCGAAAAUAAUACUAAUGUGAAACAAACUGAAGCUUUACUAGCUAAAGGGCCAGUAAGGAAAGAAAUAAAUAUUUCCAAAACAACCGAUGGGGAGGAGAGGAUACCAAAUGAGAAUGAGCCCAACAGGACUAUUAAAGAAGAGAGCUUGGGUGGAGACCGCAAUUCCCAAGCACAAAAAGCAAGUGUUGAGGACAAUGCCAUUGCAUUAAAUGUAGAUCCUUGGAUACCCCAGAGCCCCAAAGCUGAAACUAAUUUUUCAGACAGAACCUCUGCCAGGACUGAAAGGGAGAACAGGAGACAGAGGUGUCUGAUGCAUGAUAUGCUGCAAAAUAAACAUAUAUCCACCUCACUGGUUGAGGCUGAAAAGGGGGAAGAUGGUGCUAAAGAACAACUUCAUACUUGCAGUAAAGAUUAUGUAGCUGAGGUACCUCGGGAGGAAAAGUCGGACCAAGAGAAAGAAGUGGCUAAAACAAACAUGACUGAAAAGACAAAUAAUGAUCAAAAUCUAGGGAAACCUUUAAGGCCCUUAAAUCUUCAGUUAAAUAUUCAGCAGGUUUCACAAAAGCAGUUGUCUGAGGAGACAAACAAGCAAAACACACCACAGGAUGCGGAUGCUCCCAGUGUUGGGAUCAUACAGAGGUACAGCGAUCACGAGAAGUUAAAAAACAAAGCAGAAAAGUGGAAAGAAAAAAGGCAAACUGAAACUAACCUGGUUGAAUCGGAAACUACAUGCACACCUGAUAGAGAUGCGGUGCAUCUUCGACAAGACAGCAAGGAAGUGCUACCAAGCAGAGCAAAGGGGAUUGUUGAAACUACACAAGCGUCAACAGAUAUACAGUCUUCCAGCAUUCCUCAGCUACUGCCUCUGUCAGCUGACAAUGAUAAAGAACAAAAUAAGCCUAAUCUUCAGAAAAAGAAAUCCAUUGAAAGCAAGACUCCCCCUGACAGCAGUGCACAGUCCACAGACAAGCAUAGCUACAAGAGCCCUCUGUACAGGCUUCUGGGCAAAAAGCCUGACAAAAAGAACAGCAAAGAUGGCCCACUCACCCCAGAUGGCACAGAACAGCCAUCUUUCCCUCACUCUGCCAAGGAGCCUUUAGCAACAAAACGAUCCCUAGAUGGUGCAGCUGUCGCAGGCCAAACUAGUCGUCCAUCUCCAACAGAGCCAACUACUAAAGUUCGCAGGAAUCGAUCAAUUAAAAUUGGUAAAGCUGCCACCGUGUCUGAAACAUGGAAGGCAUCUUUGUGCCGAGAGAUCACCAAUUCUACUGAACUUAAACACCUUGAUGACUUCUUGUUUGCUAAGAUUAACACCUUACAUCAGGAUAAAACUGCUAUUGAAGGCCUACUCUGCAAAGCAAUGGAAAUGUUCAGAGAUAACCUCAAGUUCAUGUACUCUUCUCCAAAAGGACACAUUCAUGCUGGUUACAAAGAUCUUAUGGAAAAUUUUCAGCUUCUUGUGAACAACCUAAACAGAGAAAGGAAUGAGAAAGAUGUGAAGCUUGUCCUUAACCUCUUCCAGUCUUUCCUGGAUGAGUUUACACGUGGAUACACAAAGAGAGAUGACGGUGAAACACACAAGCAAAGAAAAUCUCAAAAGAAGAAGAGGAAACAGGAUCAUGUGGAAUCCAAUGGACAUGUAUUUGUGAGCUAUCAAGUAACAAUAGGGCAGUCCUGUGAACAUUGCUCUUCAACCAUCUGGCCUAUGGAGAAGGCAUAUCUUUGCAGUGCCUGCAAGACAAUCUGCCACAAGAAAUGUCUAAGUAAGAUUCAGUACCGCUGUGCACCUGCUGGAGUAAAAAGUAACCAGGGCAAUCAUCACUUUGGUGUUCACAUGGCUGACUUAACCGAGGCAACUUCUGUACCUGUUGUUAUGGAGGUGCUUCUUGAGUACCUGGAAAUGCAUGGCUUGUACACAGAGGGUAUCUAUCGUAAAUCUGGAGCAGCCAACUGCAUGCGAGAACUUAAAAUAUCCCUGGAGAAAGACCCCACCUCCGUGCAGCUAGAAAAGUAUGCAAUCCAUGCUAUUACUGGGAUCCUAAAACAGUGGUUACGUGAACUGCCUGAGCCUUUGAUGACAUUCGCGCAAUACAGCGAGUUUCUGAAAGCCGUGGAAUUGCCAGGGAAGCAAGAACAGCUUUGCACCAUUUAUAAAGUCCUCGGACAGCUUCCACAAGCGAAUUACAAUUCCUUGGAGAGACUCAUUUUUCACCUUGUCAAGGUUUCUCUCUUGGAAGAUGUAAAUCGCAUGUCCCCAAAUUCUUUGGCAAUAGUGUUUGCGCCCUGCCUGCUUCGCUGCCCAGAUAAUUAUGACCCUUUGACGAGCAUGAAAGAGGUGUCAAAAGCUACUGUAUGUGUGGAGAUGUUAAUCAAAGAACAGCUAAGACAAUAUAAAAUCAAAAUGCAGGAAAUUGGUCUUCUUGAAGCAGCAGAGACACGUGCAGUAUGCAGGCUCUCCCUUCUGAGGCAAAGCACAACAUGGCCUGGUCAUUUAGGAUUUAUUUCUCCUAUUGAUGGCUUCCUGAACAAGAGCCCAUCUCCCAGUGGAAAUGGUUUACCUGAUCUGGUGGCAGUACAAGAGGAGCAAUUGGCAGACCCUGACUUAGCCCAAGAAUCAGAGUUCCUGAUAGAAAGGAUACAAUCUAUCAAGGAUGAGAAAGAGGACAUUACUUACCGGCUACCGGAGCUUGAACCUCGUGGAUCAGAUGAAGAGAAUAUGGACUCUGAAACUUCAAAUAGCACUGAGAGCUUAUUGGAUGAUAGACCAGUUCAUACAGUAAAGGAAGCAACAUGUGUGGCAGACUCUGCUGUUAAGCUGCAACCAGUUGAAAAUCCCAAACUUCUUUCAUCCAAAGCACCUCUCUUCACUUUGUCUGUGCCUCCAACAACUGUCAAGCGAAGACCAUCCUCGUUUCUUGCAAAAAUGAGGGGUCCUAGGCGUAGCCCUGUAAUGCCGAAUGCCAACAUAAAAUUGCCUCCUGGUUUAACCAAGGCAGUAGACUAUUCUGAGGAAUCCAGUAAUAUUCGGAGGAGGGAACAGCCUGGGAGGAGAACAGACAGUAUCCAGUCUGUCUAUAUCCCUGAAGGAACAGAGCUGGGGGCCACACAGGGACCUUUAGAAUAUGAACCCACUGCCAAACUUAAACGGCGCUUUUCAGACCCUCACCUCCAGAUUCCCUGCUCAGAGGAGUCCAACCUCUAAAACCUCUUCUGAUCAACAAUACAAGAUGUACUGUAUGAACGUCAUGUUUUAUAAUGGACAAGCAUGUUUCUUGAACCAGAGGUGUGGAAUUAUUUGAGCUUGUAUGCCAGUAGGCACGGCAAAAGAUUACGUGAGAUAUUUAAAGUGUUUGCCUAUCUUUUUGAGGAUUCUGUAUUAAGAUGAAUGUAUAAAGUGUGUGUAAGGAGUGAGUGUUACCCUCCCUACAGUAUUGUAGGUUAUUCGGAUGCAAUCCUUUCAUUCCAAUUUUGUUAUACAAUAGGACCAAAGGUGAGAUUUUGCCUUGUUACAGUAAUAUUUUUUAAACAUAUAUUACAUUAGCAUUUUUUUAAA